ACACAUACCACAUCAUGCCUCGUCUUAACAUGUUUGGGCGCGGCAGGCCGCUGCAGAUAGCAAUCAUGAUCACUUGUCAAAUGAUCAAGGAGUCUUCUCUGGCAUUGUUGAGAAUCCAGACUGGCUGGAAACGUUCGGCCAUCCAGGCAGCGCCCUUGAAGGCAUCAUCGUCUCGAUAUACAACNNCUUGUACUUCCAUCGUCAUACUCAGACAAGGUCUGCAAGAACUGACUGAGACCAGGGAGCCUUCAGUGGAUGUAUAUUGGCAUUCUUCGGAGGAGAGAAAGCCGGGAGACGGCUGUCUAUGUGGAUUGCCAUGGUCUUCAUCCGUUCCCCAAAUCCUGGUUGCCCGCUAUAUCACGGGUAUUGGUACCGGCAUCGAAACCAGUACUGUUCCCAUGUACCAGAGUGAACUGGUCGAAGCACACAAACGUGGUCGCGUUGUCAGCUCUGAGCCUCUCUUCGUCGGCGUGGGUAUCGUUAUUGCCUACUUCUUCGACUAUGGUAUUGCCUACGCUGGAGGACCGAUCGCAUGGCGCUUGCCAAUUGCUUGCCAGAUUUUCUUUGCGAUCGUUGUUGUAAUCAUGGUUUUGGGCGUUCCCGAGUCACCGAGAUACCUCUAUAAGGAAGGCCGCAACGAAGAGGCUUUACAGGUUCUAUGUGAUGUGUAUGAUGGCACACCAGAAGAUCCAAAGAUUGCCCGAGAGCAAAAAGAUAUUCUGGAUGCACUCAAACUAGAACGCGAGCAUGGCGAAUACAAAUGGAGCCAAAUACUCAAGCGAGACGAGGUCCAAACUGGAAGACGUGUUCUCCUCGCCUAUGGCAUGCAAUUCAUGAACCAGAUCGGAGGUGGUUUCGUGCAAACAAUGUUCUUCUUCGGCUCCUUGAUUCCCACAUUCUUGCUCGACAGAAUGGGCAGAAGACGCCAAACANNGCCCAUGAUGUGGGGAUCUUUCGGUCUUGCCAUCUCCAUGAUGCUCAUCGCAGUCUUAUUAAGCUUCACACCUGAACGCGGAUACUCGGACAAGCUAAACACCGCGACUGCGAGUGCGAGCGUUGCUUUCUUCUUUACAUACNNGGUAUAUGUGCCCGAGAUUCUACCUCUGCAUGCAAGAGCAAAGGGAACCGCCAUUGGAAUUUCCUCAAACUGGCUCUGGAACUUUGUCGUUGUCAUGAUCACGCCAACCCUCAUCAACAAGCUGCAAUGGAAAGCCUACCUCAUCUUCAUGUGCACGAACCUCGCUUUCGUGCCUCUGGUUUAUUUCUGCUAUACCUCCAACUUGACACUUGAAGAAGUCGACUAUCUCUUCGUCAAAGAUGGCAGUCAAGGUAUCCACAAGUUUACUAGCAAGAGCCAGCCUGUAAAGAUCAGUCUGAGUGCGGACGUGGAGCAUGAUGCUGAGAAGAUGAGUGAAGAGAAGAGAGGCAGUGAGGGUGGUGCUGCGUUUGUGGAGGAUGUGAAUAAGAUUGAGAAG